AUGUGCUACGCGAUCAAGUGCGAGGGAUUACUGCCUGCUAGAGCAUGCGGCGAGCUUUCGCUACCUAGGCGUGUUACAGCCGUCCUAGCAGCUACAGACUUAGCCCUUAGAAAUAUUCCAGACCUAAUACUCGGUUACGCUAAAGCACUAGUGAACGCAGACGCAGAUGCUUCGAGCAUGCGCGACGCGGCUAGGGAGAAGGGCGAGUACGAAGGCUACAUUAUUAAGGAUGGAACAUUGUUCCACGGCGAUGCCCUAUACAUUCCGAAAGACCACGCUUUGCGUGCGCAACUAAUGCGUAUACACCACGAUAACGCUCUCGCCGGACACUUUAGGAAGGCGAAGACGCUCGAGUUACUUCAGCGGAAGUACUACUAG